GAGACGAGCGGAGAGCACACAAAUCCGUCCUCUGUAGAACGCCUACACAGUGUCAGAAAUAAAGACACAGUGCUGUAGGUUUGGGGCUAAAGACUUGGUCUGUGUGCAAUCCUGAGAGGUACGCUAGAGUGGCGUCGUGAGAAAAGACAGAAUAAGCUGGGGGGGAAAAGAAAAACAGCUAAGGGGAAAGAAAAAAGAAGAUCAGAAGACAAAGCCUUGAGAAACACAGACGUUUCUUGUCUUUUCAGGGUCUGCCCCUGAAGCUCUGAAGUAAUCCUGAAAGCUCCACUGCACAAGGAUGUAAGAACAAGGAAAUGAGUGAAGACCCAAAACCAUCUUAGUGUGUCCCUCUCCAGAACAUCAAAUCAAGUCAUUCUUUGAUAGAAGACUGGAAAAGAUGAAACACAAGAAAUUGAAUUUUGCAAACACCAAGUAAAUUUUGGCAGAUAUAACCAAAUAACCAAUAUUUAAAAAAAAAAAAUGAGUGUGAUUACAAUGGUCUUUGUGCUUAUUCAUCUCCUGCUUGGGGUUGCCAGCUCCUUGGUUAUUCACUCAAUCCCCUGGAAGGUACCCUGUCCUCACCAGUGUGUAUGCCAGAUCAAACCCUGGUACUCACCACAGUCUGUGUAUAGAGAGGCUCCAACUGUUGACUGCAAUGACCUGCUCCUCACUCAGUUGCCUACAUCCCUCCCUCCAGAGACACAAACAUUAAGGCUGCAGAGUAACCUCAUCAGUUCAGUGGACCAAAGUGAACUCGAGGGUCUUGUAAAUCUAACUGAGCUGGAUCUCUCCCACAACAGUUUCAUCAGCACCCGUAACUUGAAAAUUACUGACCUGCCAGCUGUUCUAAGCCUACACAUGGAAGAGAAUCAGCUGAGGCACCUGCCUGAAGCAGCUUUCUCUGGACUGCCUAACCUUCAAGAAUUGUAUCUCAAUCAUAAUAGGCUCAGAAGUAUUUCGCCAGGAGCUUUCAAAGGUUUAGGUAACCUUUUGAGGCUUCAUCUCAACUCUAACCACCUAAUGAUAAUUGACAGGCGCUGGUUCCAUUCUCUGCCUCAACUUGAAGUACUCAUGACAGGUGGAAAUCCAGUGGACACUAUCCAAGAGCUCAACUUCAAACCUCUUGGAUCCUUGCGCAGCCUAGUGUUGGCAGGCAUGGGCUUACGUGAGGUCUCAGAGCGUGCUCUAGAAGGACUUUUGAACCUGGAGAGCAUUAGCUUCUAUGACAACAACUUGACCAAGGUCCCAAAAGAGGCACUUCAGAAGCUACCAGGCUUGAAAUUUCUGGAUCUUAACAAGAACCCAAUUCAGCUGGUGCAGAAAGGGGACUUCAGGGACAUGCUUCAUCUGAAGGAGCUUGGCUUAAACAACAUGGAGGAUCUGGUGUCCAUUGAGCAAUCAGCAAUGGAAAACCUCCCUGAACUAACAAAACUAGAAAUCACAAACAAUCCACGACUGUCUUUCAUUCACCCUCAGGCUUUCCAGAAGCUACCACGUAUGGAGAGCUUGAUGCUCAACAGUAACGCCUUGAGUGCUCUGCAUCGUCAGACUGUGCAGUCUCUGCCAAGCUUACAGGAGAUCAGUCUACACACCAAUCCCAUUCGCUGUGACUGCCUUAUUCGCUGGGUAGGAGCAGAGGAUGACAAGCCAGUCCGUUUCAUUGAACCACAGUCCACAUUCUGCUCAGAACCGCCAGAGUUAAAAGCAAGACGAGUGAAAGAAGUCUCCUUCAGGGAGAUGGCAGAUAGCUGCCUCCCUUUGAUUGCUCCAAACAUGUUCCCUUCUUACAUUCAACUGAGACAUGGGGACAACAUAGCCCUGCAUUGCCGAGCACUGGCAGAACCAGAACCAAGUAUUUACUGGGUCAUUCCAAAAGGUUUGAGAUUAACUCCUUCCACAAGGUAUGGACGUUACCAGGUUUUAACAGAGGGCACUUUGGAAAUAUUUGGAGUCACCGCUGAGGAGGCUGGUAUCUACACUUGUGUCGCACAGAAUCUAGUUGGAGCUGACACAAAGAGUCUAACACUAAAAGUGGAGGGAUCUGGCAGGGCUCAAAUAACAAUCAAUCAAAUAAAUGAAGACAGCCUGCAGGUCCACGAUGUUACAGAACGGUAUGCUUUACUAUCUUGGCAUACGGGUCACAACAUUCCUACUGCACGAAUUUCUUGGAUAGCAAAUGGAAGCCUGGAAGACCACCAAAAGCAUAGCAUCAGAAUACUCGCUGGCACUAGGGGCUUCAACCUAUCCCGCCUCCAACCAGGAACCCAUUACAAGGUCUGUCUGCAUAUGGGGUCAAAUGACACCUCAUGUGUCCACCUCAGGACUAAAGAGGAGUUUAUACUACAUCUUUGGGCAGACCUCACCCAUGCAAUCCUACUGGGUUUAUCAGCUUUUUCCAUGAUCGUGAUGGCAGUCAGAGCUUGUCAGUUGAGGACAAUGUAUGACUGGAAAGAGUAUGAAAAAACCCAUUCUACCAUUUUGACCCAGGAAGCAAUGGCUUUCAUGGCACCAGUUUCACUUCAGCAGGACAAGGAUAAACUCUCAGAGGGCGGCGGAAAGGCGCUAAGCGAUGCUAAGCCAGCACAAGAUGUUCCAGGUACUGAGAAAGAGACAUUUUAAGAUACGUGUUGUUCAACAACUGAAAGGGAUUAUGUCAGAGAAGCCCUACAAACUUUGUACUCAAAUUACAGCUCACGGUCCACACUAACAGACCACUGAACAAAACCAUAUCUUUUUUUCGCAAAAUUACAAGUGUCCCAAUUAAAACAGUAGUGUCAUAAUAAGAGAUUUCAUUUGUAUUUAUUUUAUAAUGGAAAUGAUACAGACCGUAUAUGUACAGUGAAAGCAUUUUACAUGUAAUCACGUACAAUAUAUUCUGAGAAAACAGAGCAGCUGUAAGUGAGCGCUAUCAAAUGUUUGCAAGAAGCUUGAAACUUUGAAAGCUGCAUGAACUUUACAUGAAAGUUGCAAGGUGAUAUGAAAUAAUCACAUAUUUUUCGUACUGCUGGAGACAGAGCUGACCAACAGGCAAAGAAAUUCUGUGAAAGAAACUUUCGAUUUUGUGACAAUUUGGAAGAAAACUGGUGUUUUUGUUUUGUUUUUGUUUGUUUGUUUCUUUGUUUUGAAGAAUCGUAUUCUCCUUGUGCGAGUUGUUAAAGAGUUAAAUGUUACUUUUCUAUUUUUUAAACUAAUACUCUUUUUCAAAUAAACAGGUCUAAGCAUAGGUACUGAAAGAAUAUGUACAAUACAGAAGGGUAUUUUUAAUAUGUUGCAUAACUGUACAUCAAGUAUUUCUCUUUGAUAUUAUGGGCCAUAAUCAGCACACAAUAUGAAGUCCAAGCUAUCAAGAGGUAUCUUUGUCUUAGUGUGUGUGUUUGUGUGUAUGUGUGUGCGCGUGUGUAUGUGUUUGUCUUUUAAAUGAUGGAUACUUCAAUAUAUGACCAAGGACACAGUAUUACGUGUGAAUCAGGGCUCUGUUUGGCUAUGGAUUUUCUCUUUAUCUCACUCAAAACCAAACAAAAAUUUUGAAAGCAAUCUGCCAAAAGACUGAUUAUCAAGUGACAUUCAGCCCUGAACAGCUUCAUUGUGCCAGCUUCAUAUAUUUUAUGCAUGGGGACAGAAGGAAAAGCCCCAGGACUCUGUGAGGGGUAUUCAUACUUGCCAACAUGCUGAGUACAAUGAAUGAAACAUGUCCUAUUGUUUAAAAAAAGAAA